AUGAUACCUCAACUUCCUGCAACAACGCUUCCAACUAUGCGAUUACAAACACAGAGUUUGAACAACUUGCCAAACAAAACCAAUGUAAGCCCUUUUUUUGUCAUUAAGUCAGCUUAUGAGAAACAUUACCCACCAAUGCUGGGUGAUGAAGUUUGGCGUCUGGAAAAGAUUGGUAAGGAUGGAUUGUUCCAUAAAAAUCUAGCCUCUAUGGGCGUUAACACAGUGCAAGACUUCUUGAAAAUGUUGAUCGUCCAUCCUGGCAAGCUUAGAAGGAUAUUUGGCGUUCGAAUGUCUGAGAAAAUGUGGAAUGUCACAAUCAAGCACGCCAAAACUUGUGUUAUGGGAAACAAACAUUAUGUUUUUCAAGGCUCGGAUUACAGAAUCAUGUUAAACCCCAUUUGCCAACUAAUCAAGGCAGAGAUUAAUGGCAGUAUAUAUCCUACUCACAAACAAAGUGAUGUUGACAGAGCAUAUCUUAAAGAUUUGGUGAGACAAGCAUAUGUAAAUUGGUCUUCCUUGGAAGAGAUAGAAGGAAUUUCCAAUGAAAUUGGCAAUCUCAUACAAGGAGAUCAUGUGGUGGACCAGUAUCCCGAUCAUUCACAAAUCAUGGUUUGGCCAUCUACAGCAACAGGAGAUUGUGUUGCCGUCAUUGAAUCAGAAAAGCAAUCCAGACAAUGA